AUGGCACCACCUAUAUGUCGCAGUGAAAUCCUCACCCGCCUGCGCCGCCAAAUUGAACAUGGAAAGCCCAUCAUUGGAGCUGGAGCCGGCAUCGGCCUUUCCGCGAAAUCGGUCGAGGCCGGUGGCGGAGACCUAGUAAUCAUCUACAACAGCGGCCGCUUUCGCAUGGCAGGUUGCGGGAGUCUCGCAGGGCUAAUGCCGUACAGCAACGCCAACGAGGUAGUAGUUGAAAUGGCCGCCGAAGUCAUCCCUAUCGUUCAGAACACCCCCGUGAUCGCGGGUGUCUGCGGUACCGACCCAUUUAAACACAUCCCCAGGUUCCUGAAGCAGCUGCAGGAGCUGGGAUUUGCCGGGGUGCAGAAUUUCCCCACGGUGGGACUGAUCGAUGGCCAGUUCCGCGCCAACCUGGAGGAGACUGGGAUGGGGUACAGUAAGGAGGUGGAGAUGGUGCGGCAGGCGGCUGAGUUGGACCUUCUGACGACGCCGUAUGUUUUCAAUGUGGAGGAGGCCGAGGUCAUGACGAAGGCUGGGGCGGACAUCCUAGUGGCACAUAUGGGACUGACCACUUCGGGGGUGAUCGGGGCGAAGACCGGAAAGUCGUUGGAGCAAUGUGUUGUGGAGAUCCAGGCGAUGCGGGAUGCGGCGGUGCAAAUUAAUAAGGAUGUCAUUGUGCUGUGUCACGGUGGGCCCAUUGCUGCUCCGGAAGAUGCGAAAUUCGUGCUGGAUCGGGUGCAGGGCUUGCAUGGCUUCUACGGGGCCAGUUCGAUGGAGAGACUCCCUGUUGAAGUAGCCAUCAAGGAUACCACAGCCGAGUUCAAAAAGAUUGGUUUGAAGAGGUAG